AUGCCUCCUCGUGUCUCUGUACUAGGUACCAAGAAACACUGGGAUAGUGUAUAUGCCCAAGAACAUCUUAACUAUAGGAACAACUCCAAGGACCUCGGAGAAUGCUGGUAUAGUGACUCCGACGCAGAAGAGAAAAUAGGCCAAUUUGUGUUGGAUCAUUUCAAACGUGGUAAAACCGGCGGUUUAUGUGACCUCGGAACAGGUAACGGACAUUUACUUCUCACCCUUUCUAAAAUGGGCUUGUUGAACUCCAAUAUGGUGGGAAUUGAUUAUAGUCAGGAUAGUGUAUCUUUUGCAACCGAUCUAGUGAACAGCAGUAGCGACGACCAGUACACGGGUAUCUGUUUUUAUCGUAGCAACUUUCUUCUGUUAAAUGACCAAUUUCUGAAUAAAAGCUCUGCCCGAUUCGGGUUGAUUAUUGAUAAAGGUACUCUGGAUGCAAUCUAUCUUAGUACUACUAAGUAUGAAGAUGGUAAAAGAUCUGGCAUCCAGAUUUACCCUGCUAGAGUGGCUUCUAUGAUGAAACCUGCUGGUAUUUUACUCGUUACUUCUUGCAAUUUCACUGCUAAAGAACUGAUUAAAACUGUAACCAAAGACGGCAUCUUUAAAUACUGGACUCAACUGCAUUAUCCAGUGUUUGAAUUCGGUGGCUUUAAAGGUUCUGCUGUAAAUACAAUUGCUUUUAGAUUGAUUGAUAGAUAG